CAGUUUUAACACAAACGAGUCACUGCAGUGUUCAGUUACCUUUAAGCAGGACAGGUGAGCAGGUGUUUUCAGGAGGCUGGCAAWCUGUGACGUCACUGCGACGUGGCGAGGUGAGGUGCUGUCCAAGGUGCUGAAUCUUCAGGUAUGAAGCAGCCGGUGGUGUGGGUGUUAAACGUCUUUUAGAUGAAGAGAGAACACCUCUCACCGUCUUUUGCGCUUAUUUAGUGCCUGAAACCAACUUUUCUCGCCCCUCUUCCUCCCUCCCCUCCAGCAUCAUGGACCUCCUUCCCGCCCAGGAGGCCGCCAAAAUCUACCACACCAACUACGUGAGGAACUCCCGCGCCAUCGGCGUCAUGUGGGCCGUGUUCACCAUCUGCUUCGCCAUCAUCACGGUGGUGGUCUUCAUCCAGCCCUACUGGAUCGGGGACAGCGUCAACACCCCGCAGGCCGGCUACUUCGGCCUCUUCCACUACUGCAUCGGGAACGCGCUCACGUCGGAGCUCACCUGCAAGGGCAGCGUCUUCGACUUCAACUCCAUCCCGUCCCCGGCCUUCAGGACCGCCAUGUUCUUCGUCGGGACCUCCAUGCUGCUGGUGGUGGGCACCAUGGUGGGCUUCAGCAUGUUCUUCUUCUGCAGCGCGGCGAACGUGUACAAGAUCUGCGCGUGGAUGCAGCUGGCCUCAGCCGUGUUGAUGGUGAUGGGCUGCAUGAUCUACCCAGACGGCUGGGAUUCUGAGCAGGUGAAGACGAUGUGCGGCCAGAAGACGGAUAAGUACAGCCUGGGAAACUGCACGGUGCGCUGGGCCUACAUCCUGGCCAUCAUYAGCAUUCUGGACGCCACCCUCCUGGCUCUGUUGUCCUUCACCCUCGGCAAUCGGCAGGACAAUCUGCUGCCAGACGACUUCCAGGUGGAGGGAGCAGAGAACACCUGAACACAUCGACUUCAGUAGCCCAGCUUCAUGAAGACACAUUUUAUGGCAUAGCUUUAAAGGUUUUGAUCCGUUUUUAUGUCUCGCAAACAUUUUCCUCUGUUCGUCAMACAAAAACUCACAGCCAUCAUGUACUGAACGAAGAUCUGUUUUAUUGAAUGGYGUUGUACACUUCUGUAAUUAUUACCUCACAAAGUCUAUGAUUUUUUUUCUUCAGUGUGACACUAAUGUAAUUUUUUUUUUACCGUUAUGUCUGAACAACAUAGUUUACUUUGAUAUGAUCAGUUUGAUACACCAUAACAUCAGAUCUCACCAAGUCUAUGGUUAAAACCAGUGACAUUAGUAUCCAACAGUUGGCCACAUACACACACACACACACACACAACUGAGCUCAAACACAUCUUUCAUACACUUUAUUAAAACACAGCUAACCCAGCUAAAUUCUUUUUUUUUUUU